AUGCUGUUCUCGGUGCUUGCCUUUGCGGCUCUGAUGCUGCCGACCCAGGCCCUCUACUUCUACAUCGACGGCCCCUCCCAAAAGUGCUUCUUUGAGGAGCUCCCCAAGGACACCCUGGUAGUCGGUCACUACACCGCCACACAAUGGAACGAGCAAAGCCGUAAAUACGAAGCCAACCCCGACAUGGGCCUCUACAUCAGCGUCGACGAAAUCUUCGACAAUGACCACCGCAUCGUCUCCCAGCGCGGCAACUCAAAGGGCCGCUUCACCUUCUCCGCCGCCGACUCUGGCGACCACCGCAUCUGCUUCACCCCCACCAACGUCCCCUCUGCCCAAGGCUGGCUCGCAGGCGGCUCCUCGGCCGGAAACAUCAAGCUCGAAGUCGACAUGGCCAUUGGCGAAACCUCCCGCAUCGAGAGCGACGACAAGCACAAGCUCAACGACAUAGUCUCAAAAGUCAAGGACCUGAACGCCAGACUCAGCGAUAUCAGAAAGGAGCAGGUCUUCCAGAGAGAGCGCGAGGCCGAAUUCAGAAACAUGUCUGAGCACACCAAUGCCCGUGUUGUUCGCUGGACUCUUGUUCAGUUGGCAAUCUUGGGUGUCACCUGCGCAUGGCAGCUUUCUCACCUUAGAAACUUCUUCAUCAAGCAGAAGCUUACUUAGAUGAUGUUUUCUCUUCUUCAAAAAAUGCUAAACUUUUUGCUAUCCGUUACGCUUGAUCUUCGAACAGAGUGACAUGUCCAUCAUGCAGGAAUCUAGAACAUCCUACAUCCUUCUUCUUUCACCACAAACCACGCCAAUGAACUUCCAUAUCGCAGCCAAACAAGCUUGCUAGUAAUAAUUGGAAGUAGAAGCAUUCUAAUAUGAGCAACCCCGUUCCCCAAGCUAGAGAGUGUUUUUGCAUUAGCUAUAAGUACAAGCACCCCCCUGCAAACCUACUUCUCCUCCAAACGCAAAGAACACUUUGCAUCAAUCACCAUAAAGGACUACACCGUGAACUUCUGCCUUUUUUU